ACUUAGCUGAUCUGACGGUCACAGUUUCGCGACCGUUCCGUCUUGGCGGUUAGAUCUACUUUCUUCGAUUCGCCUCGGAGGCCCCGCUCCAAAUCACGGUACGCUUAACACGCCGAAAGCGACGCCUCGACGAGCAUCGGUGAGACGGGGAGCGGAUUUCGUUUCUUCUCUCUCUUAGCGUGAGGGUUAAGGUUCCCUCGGUGAUCUCUGGGUUGGCUUCCACCGCUUCGAUGGAGCAGGCGAACGACCGAUCGAGGGGAACGGUGAAGUGGUUCAACAACACCAAGGGGUUCGGUUUCAUCUCGCCGGACGACGGCGGGGAGGACCUCUUCGUCCACCAGUCCUCCAUCAAGGCUGAAGGAUACCGUACCCUGACUGAGGGGGAGAUCGUCGAGUUCAUGGUCACCGAGGGCGACGACGGCCGCAUCAAGGCCGUCGACGUCACCGGUCCCGACGGAUCCAACGUCCAGGGGGGCGGCGGCGGCGGCGGCGGCGACGGUCGGAGAGAAGGGUUUGGAGGUGGCCGUGGCGGCGGAUCCUGGGGAGGGGGGUACGGUGGUGGGAGGGGAAGGGGCGGCGGAAGCUAUGGUGGUGGCGGAUCUUGUUAUAAUUGCGGUGAGACUGGGCAUUUUGCCAAAGAUUGUCACCAGGGUAGUGGCGGUGGCGGUGCUGCUUGCUAUAACUGUGGUGAGAUGGGACAUCUUGCCAGAGAUUGCUCCCAGGGAGGAGGCAGUGGCAGCAGAAGGUACGGUGGGGGAGGCGGUGGGAAUGACCGGUCUUGUUACAAUUGUGGUGAGAUGGGGCAUAUUGCUAGGGAAUGCCCUGGCAAGGUCUGAGGCUGCAUCGCUUCCAGGCUUUGCUUCAUUUCUUUUUGCUCACCCAACAUGAUAGGCUGUUAUCCUUUUUUGUGCUGGGUUUCAUGCUUUUUCUUCUCCUUCUUUAUUUAUGUGGAAUGGAUAUGGAUAUGCUUGUUAACUUUGUUCAGCUGGUUUUGAUGGAUUGUGGCUUACCUUGAAACAAAGAUUGGACAAUGUUUAUACAUAUGUGCUUUUAUAUAAUUUGUUUUGCUACAUUGUUCA